AUAACCACCGCAAGUUGAUGCUUUUGCGCCAAAAUUGCUUUGCAUGAAAAUUCCUUGCAUUUCUAAUUUACUUUCAUAAAAUGCUGCUCAACUUCUGAAGCAAUGGAUUGGAUCGUUUUGAUCAUGCGCAAACUAAAAUUUAUUAGAGAAAAACGCGUGGGACGCCAUUUUGAUAAAGUGCUUUGUAUUCAUUUGGCAUCACAACUUCAAAAAUGUUAAAUUUGUGUGUAAGUGAUUGAAAAAAGUGUUUGCACCUGUGUAGGUAAACUAAAUGGAUUGGAAAAAUGUGGCUGAGAAGUGAAAAAAAACCUAAAACCUUUUUAAAAUGUUCUGGUAAGCCUAAAAAGUUGGGUAAAACAUUGUCGAAACCCUCAUGGACUUGUAAAACAGCUAAACCACUAAAUUUGUACAAAACAGGUCAUAAAAAGAAUUUCGCGUUGGAAAAAACCGUAAACAAGGUGUCUGAAGAAUGCAAAGAAAAUUACCAAGCGCAGGUGGUUCCUGAACUAUGCGAAGCUAAAAAUGUAAAUAUCGUGGAAAAUGUAAAUAAUGUGGAUGUCGCAAAUAUUGCACCUGAACCCACCCCAACGCCAAACCAAUGCUACGAAUCCUACCAAAGCAGCUGCAGCAGUUCUUAUGAAACCCCUCCACAAGACAUGCUAGAAAAUUCGGAUCUUCCAAAGGAAAUUGAGUACUCAUCGCUUGUCGCUGAAACAACCCCUCCAGACGAUUCGUUCUCCGUGGUUUCUUUCGAUAAAAUGCAGUUCCAUGUCACCGAGAAAAAAUCCUGUGACAAGUACAACUACGGAAUGUUCACUGACAAAAUUUGCGAGAACAUGUAUUUCGAGUACGCGAACCUGAAAAACGACUACCCCGACUUGACCUUGGACAUAAACGAUCUGAACAACGUGAACACGCAGGAGUUUAACAACUUGCUGGACGAAGAAAUGGCGAAAAGCGUCAGCAUGGCAAGUGUGGUCUAUGAUUAUUCCACUUUGUAUCCCACAAAUAGUAACGACUUGAUUGCGAGUGUGCCUCAACAAGAGGAGAGGCUCGAUCGUCAGCCGGAGCAUGUUGAGGUGCAGGAUACUUGGGAGGCUUUCGAUCCUUACUUGUUUAUCAAGCACCUGCCGCCCUUGACCGUUGAAAUGAGAUCCAAAUGCCCAGCACUGCCACUUAAAACCAGGUCCAGUCCGGAAUUUAGUUUGGUUCUCGAUUUGGACGAGACGCUGGUCCAUUGCAGCUUGCAGGAACUGUCUGACGCCAGCUUCCACUUUCCCGUCCUCUUCCAGGAGUGCUCGUACACGGUGUACGUGCGCACGCGGCCCUUCUUUCGCGAGUUCAUGGAGCGCGUCUCGCAGAUGUUCGAGGUGAUCCUGUUCACCGCGUCGAAGCGCGUCUACGCCGACAAGCUGCUCAACCUGCUCGACCACGAGCGCAAGUGGAUCAAGUACCGGCUGUUCCGCGAGCACUGCGUCUGCGUCAACGGCAACUACAUCAAGGACCUGAGCAUCCUGGGCCGCGACCUCUCCAAGACCAUCAUCGUCGACAAUUCGCCGCAAGCCUUCGGAUAUCACCUGAAUAAUGGAAUACCAAUUGAAAGUUGGUUUGUCGACAGAACCGACUCCGAACUAAUAAAAUUGUUACCAUUUCUCGAGAACCUUGUUGAAAUGAAGGAAGACGUGCGACCGCACAUCAGAAACAAAUUCAAACUAUUCAGCUAUCUACCUCCAGACUAAGAAAGGGCCAGGCACAGACAAUCUGCUAACCUAAGAAUUGUAUGUACUUUUUAUUGUAAACCUUCUUUGCGGUUAUGUUAAAGUACUGGCCGACUGAUUUAAAUCGUUAAUUUAUCUUCUAAAUUUAAGAAGCAACUGAGGUGCCUUUCGGGAACGUCUUUUGUAGAUUUUAACAAUCCUGUUAUAAAAGUAGUGAUUACCAGUGCAAUACCUAAACGUUGUAAUGCUCCUUUCGGCUAAAUGAAUUUAUACAUAUUGUACAUAAAAACAUUUGUUGGUCAGUAUUUUAAAACUUUAUUUUUGCGGGAUCUGUUCAAUAACAAUUGUGUACAUAGGGGAUCAAAAUUUUAGAAAAGUUUAGAGUUCUUGCCAUAUAAAACAUAGAAUUAUAGAAUAGUUGCAUAUUGUGCACAAAAAGUAUUUUAUUUGUUGUUAUAUUUUAGAGAAGCAUAUUUAUACGUAAUUAUUAAAAUACAAUGUUUUAUAUUUUAUAUGUCCCAUUAUUCACAAACUUGAAUAUAAUUUAUUGUUGGAGUUUAAUAUUUAAGUUCAUCAUCAUCAAUUAAAAUUAGUUAUGCAUUAAGUACUUAAUUUUGUUUUUAGUUCAUAACACACACAUUCGCAAAAAAUUUAAACCAUUCCAAUUAUUUAUUAAUUUUUAUUUAGUGAGAUUAUUUAUCUUAAAACAUUAUACCUACAUACAUACAAAAUUAUUUAUUACAAAAAUAUAUUUAUUUUAAAUCUUUGUUCAACUUAUGUGUUGUGUUUUGUUUAAUUAUUCAAGAAUCACGUUUAUUUUUGUAAAAUAUUGUUUUCUAUUUUAAGUACCUACAGGGUAUUAAUUAAUCUUCAGCCAGACUAUUUUAAAAUACAAGUACAAACUUGCACAAUGCCGGAACAUCUCAAUGGAAAAAAGAUCAAUUUUAAACCUUGUACAAAUGUGUAGUUUGCGCUUAUACAACACAAAUUUAAAAAACACAAUCUUAAGUAUUUUAAUUAUAGUGUCACCCAAUUAAAAUUGUUUUGUUUUUUGAAUUAAUUAAUAAACAAACAUAAUUUUAGUUGUUUUCAGCUAUGCUUAAGUUUCUGUUGACCUAUAUAAAUGUUUGUUUUUACUGUUAUUUUUAGUUAUUUUGUAAGUUUAUUGCAAUAAAUAUUGUAUUAAUCCA